AUGUCAUCGGGCCCAUCGGGGACCCCGUUCCCCGGCCCUCCCCCGCUUGCCGCGGGCUCGGCCAGCUCGGCAGGCUCGAUGGAACCGAUAUCUAGCUACUAUCGACAGGCGAGCGAGGGUGCACCCUCCAAGCGGGCAAGGAUGGACGUGGAUGAGCGUACGAAGCCUGUGUGCCAGAAUCUCGAGGAUCGGGUGGCAGGAUACGAGUCCCGACUCCGCGACCAGGAGGGCAUGAUUGCUUCGCUUACUCGCUGGCAACAGCAGCAGAUGGCUGCGCCGCCUCCGCAAGGCGUCCCAACUCCAAGCGGGUCGAGGAGCGGCAGUGGCUCCGCCCCCGUCGGCUUCCCGUCAGAACUUGCGCCGCCGGCGAUGCUGAGCCCGUCGCACGACCCAAGCCACGCCCAUCCCUCCCCGGGAGGACUGUCGACCACGUCCUUCUCCGAUCCGCGGAUACUGCCCGCGGACGAGAUCGUGACCUCCCUCAUCAAUCUCUAUUACACGCACGUGUGGCCGUGGGCGCCGAUCCUUCCCCGGCAAGCCUACAGCGCGCCAUGGGGGAUCGUACCGCAUGCAAUUGUCGUGCUCGCUCUGAGACUGAGCGACGAUCCAAGGCUGGACCGCCUCCCGGGCGGGAAACAGGCGCUGAGGCAAGCGGCGAAAGCCCACGUGCUCAGUCACGCGGUGGAGAGCACGAGCAUCGCAAGCAUGCAGGCGCUCUCUCUCCUCGCGCUGGACCUCAUAGGCAGCGAACAGGGACCAAGCUCGUGGGGCACGCUCGCGCUGUUGACUAGGAGUGCGGCGCAUCUCGGCCUCAUGACCGAGGACGACCCGGAGCCGCGGCGGCGUCUCUCUGGCCCGCAGGCUCCAUCUUCUCUCGCCCCCUUCGACCCGCGCAGUUCAUUGAGCAGCUCAAUGAAGCGGCGCGGGGUACAGAAACGCACGGCCAUCGUGCCCCCGCCCGCGACGUGGGAGGAGGACGAGGCGCGCCGCCGCCUGUUCUGGCUCGUCCUCGUGCUGGACCGCUAUGCCUCGGCGAGUACUGGGUGGGACUUCGCAUUAAGAGACAGCGACAUCAAGCGCCGCCUGCCCUCGAGCGACACGCUGUGGUUCACCCCUCCUCCGCCAGGCUCGCCAUGGCCGCGCGCGCCCCUGUUCGCGCCAGUCCUGCACCGCGAUCCCUACCCGCCCUCCGUGCUCGCGAACCUCUCGCCAAUGGUAUUCCUCAUCGAGGCAGUGGACCUCCUAGGCAGGAGCCACACGCUGCACUCGUCUGGCGGCUCGGCAGAGGAGGCGCGCGACGCAGCCCUGGCGCUCACAGCAGCCUGUCGGCGGUGGGCGGCAGAGCUGCCCCGGCUCGAGGGCUCGCUGGGCCUCACAGUGCUCGCGCUGCACCACGCAACCCUCCUGAAGGUCAACGCGUACCACGCCUUUCCGGCGAGUGGCGGCAGUGUCGCGCCGUUCCGUGACCGGUGUGCGGAGUCGACGUCUGCCGUGGCAGAACUGUGCAGACAGCAAGCCGGGCUGGGCUGGAGAGGAGCCUCGCCGCUGUUCAUCUGGGGCGCGUGGGUCGCCGCGCGCGUCGUGUUCAUCACCCGCUUCGUGGCGCACUCGGCGGACUCGGGCGGGGUGAGCGGGGUGAGCGGCAACCUCGCCUCGGACCCGGAAUUCAGCAUCCUGUUGGCAAGCCUGAGGGACGCGAGCCGGCACUGGUCCCUUGCGAGCCAGUAUGUGCGACUCCUGGACGCAGCGGCGCGGAGGUGGUCCUCGGGCCAAGUGUCUACUCCGUCUACGAGGAGCCAUCCCGCCCCCGGCACAGGAGCGGAGGAGAGCGACGACGAGGGCCUCCCCGAUGCCAUUAGAGUGCUGCUGGACCUGAGGCGGACGGCUUACAAUGCCGUCGGGGCUGGGGAGGAGACGCCCCCGGAGGAAGAAGGGGUGCGGAGGCCGAGUAUGGGCGAGGGCGAGCGGGAGGGGGGAUUGGGAGCGCAGGGAGGAGCCGGGCAGGGCGUGGGAGUCGGAGUCGGGGCCGGGGUGGAGGGGAUGGACACACAGGGCAUGGAUCUGAGCUCGGACCGUGUCUGCGAACGAUCGACAGAAUCGCCAUUCUUACGGGCCCCUACGGGCUCGUACGGGCUCGUACGGGCUCGUACGGGCUCGGUCCGCGGUUCCGCCGGUCCGAACCACCGUCUUUGCCAGAUCGAGCUUCCCAGCUUUGAAGAUCGAGACCCAUUCAGUCGCUACACAAUUGCGUGCCGACAGCGUGCCGAUCCAAUUGCGCGACAGAUCUCCCCUCCCCUCCCCUCUCCCCAAUUGUGGAAACAGCUCCGCUGCUCUGAAGACCAAGCUGACAUUCACAGCAACCUCCCUGCGUGGGCUGUGCAGCCCCUGCUCGGCGACUUGCACCACUGGUUCGACCUUCCGCCAAACCUCUUCUCGGAGCAGAACUGA